AUGGGAGACAGCGAUGGCGACUCGCCAUUUUCCAUUACAGCCAAUGUUGCGGGCGUUUUGACCUUUGUUGUCGCCAUCGCCGCAGCCGUUUACGCCCGCCUGACGUACUUGCGGAACAGCGAUGACGAGUACAUGCGCGUCAAGCAGAGUCUGGCAUGGUACAAGACAGAGUCUACGUGGCUGGGUGACCUGCUGCAGGCACAAAAGACGGCAGCAGACACGUCGCCCUACUACAUCAAGGGCCGGCGCGAAGACCAAAUGUUUGCGUUUGUCAUGGAUGACGUUCUCAACCUCGAGCGACGCCUCUUGGAGAUUAUAUCUGAUAUCGAAGUCAAGGCUGCAACAGCCAUGCAAUCGAAUAAUUGGACGGUCCUGCCGCGGACAAAAGCAGGCCGGCCAAGUGUGGCACUAGAAUGGCUUAGUGUGCGAGGCAAAGCCAUGGAGCUGGUGCGGCAGCGGGAGGCGCUGACCACGCGGGUGCAGUUUUUACAUUUGAGCAUGAUAUCGUCGCGGAUGGGCGCCGUGGAGCACAGGCUGCGCAGGGCAGAGACGUCGGGGUUGUCGGAGGCACAGACGAGGGUGAAUAGCUUCAAUUAA